AUGAAUAAAAGUCGAAGAGGUAUUUCGUUAUUUUUGCGUACAAGAUUAUUUUCGACAAAUCCCGUUUCAAAUUUAAAGGUCGUCGAUGGUUUCAUAGGCGCAAUUGGUAAUACGCCAUUAAUUCGUCUAAAUAAUGCCAGCCGAGAAACGGGGACCGAAAUAUUCGCAAAAGCGGAGUUUAUGAAUCCCGGCGGAUCAGUUAAAGAUAGAGCAGCUUUAUAUGUAGUUAAAGAUGCAGAAGAAAGAGGUCUACUGAAACCUGGAGGGACUGUCGUUGAAGGGACAGCAGGAAAUACUGGAAUUGGCUUAGCACACGUAUGCAGAGCAAAAGGAUACAAAUGCGUGAUUUAUAUGCCAGAUACUCAAAGUCAAGAAAAGAUUAACUUAUUGCGAAUGUUAGGUGCUGAGGUAUAUCCAGUUCCAGCAGUUGCAUACGAAAAUCCUGAUAAUUAUAAUCAUCAAGCAGCUAGACAUGCCCAAAAUACACCAAAUGCUGUUUGGACAUAUCAAUUCGAUAAUAUCGCGAAUCGCCGUGCACACUAUGAAACCACGGGUCCAGAAAUUUGGGAUCAAACAAAUGGUGAGGUAGAUGGGUUCACAUGUUCUACUGGAACAGGAGGAACACUGGCAGGCGUCACGCGAUUCUUGAAAGAAAAAAAUCCGAAAAUAAAAUCAUUCUUGGCCGAUCCACCUGGCUCUGUAUUAUUUAGUUAUUUCAAAAGUGGCGGAAAAUUAAUCGAGAGAACCGGCAGCUCUAUUACUGAAGGAAUUGGCCAGGGCCGAAUCACUUCUAAUCUACAGCCUGAUGUCGAUAUAAUAGAUGAUGCACUUCAAGUUCCGGAUGAAAAAUCAAUUGAAAUGGUUUAUCGAUUAUUAGACGAAGAAGGCCUUUAUAUGGGGGCUUCUACUGCAUUGAACGUUGUUGCUGCCGUUGAGAUGGCAAAGAUACUGGGUCCAGAUGGUCUUAAUGAUGAAAAUUGGAUAUGUUUGAAUUUGGUUGUUAAACGGGUCCCUAUAGGGCCAGAUACUGAUUGUCGAACGCUGUGUUCCUGA